UUAUCGGCAACAGUCAUAACGUAGAAGCCAAGACCAUGCUCAGAACUAUUUCAAUUUUGGCCCUGCUGGCAUACACAGCGGCCACUAUGGCAGAAGCAAAACCUAUUCUUUUCAAGGUUUUCGCACCCAGCGUUGGCUAUUCCAGUGGAAGUUACCAAAACACAGUGGGGCUAUCGCCCUUCAACACUCAGUUAAUCUCUAGCCUCAUCUCUUCCAAAAUUCAGCUGCUUAACAGCGUAAUGCAGGCCAAAUAUUCCGCCGGGGGCUUUCGUAUCGGCUUGAAUAAGUCAGUCACUCUUUUUAGCUCCACAACCACGACUGAAAAGCCUUUGACACAUUACACUACGGAGGUAAACACAGACUUUACUGCAGAUGAUAUUAGCACUACUCAACUCGUCUAUACGAAAACCACAGAAGGUGCUGAUAAAACGCCGAGUCCAACAAUAAGUCCCGAGCAUCCAGUCCAUACAAGCAUGACUUCAGUGAUCCCAAUCGACAACACUACGUUGUUACCUGAAGUCACCACUAUGACGACCGCAACGACUGGCUAUUUCUAUACCACUAUCCAUUCUCCCAGCCAUUACUUGCCCGCUAUCCUUUCUCAAGCCUAAGUAUAGGUCCAAGGAAACUUGUACUACACAGCAGUUCAAUUUAAAUAUAUUAAUCUUAGCCAUAAUCCGUAUCCAGUAAACUGCACUAACUUUACAGAUUACCGAUUCAACCACCUUAAAAAAAGAAUAUGUUAAAUUUUUGCGGAAGCGAUUAAAACCUGUCGCGCGUUGAACGUUAUGACAAUGGCCACCUUUGUGCAAUUCUGGCCAAACUAGUAAUUAUUAGCAUAGAAACCGGUUUUUAGAAGAAUUGUGUGUGCUUAAAAGCAAAUAAAAGCUAUUCCAAUCAGUGCUAUUAAAAAAGA